AUGAAAAUUGCUCGAAAAGAGUUUGAAGAUAUGUUGGCACAAGGCAUUGUAAGGCGUUCUGAGAGUCCUUGGUCAUCAGCUUUACAUCUUGUAAAGAAAAAAAAUGACGGAUGGAGACCGUGCGGGGACUACAGAUCACUUAAUGCAAGGACUAUCCCUGACAGAUAUCCCAUUCGUCACAUACAAGAUUUUUCUUACCAACUUUCUGGAUCCACUAUAUUUUCUAAGAUUGAUUUAGUGAAGGCAUACAACCAAAUUCCUGUAAAUCCUUCGGAUAUACCAAAGACUGCCAUAACUACACCAUUCGGGCUUUAUGAAUACCCUUUCAUGAAUUAUGGUUUGCGAAACGCAGCGCAAACUUUUCAGAGAUUCAUUGAUGAAGUGCUCUCUGGUCUAGACGAUUUUUGCUUCGGAUACCUCGACGAUAUUCUGGUUUUUUCACCUUCCCCUGAAAUACAUAAACGCCACUUACUUCAGCUCUUUGAGAGGUUAAAAGCUUACGGCGUGUUGAUCAAUACGACGAAGUGCGUGUGGGGACAACACGAGGUGACAUUCCUUGGAUACCAUGUGUCUGCAGCCGGCAUCUUACCGCUAAAUACAAAAGUACAAACUAUACAAGAAUUUCCCAUACCACGCACUGUAAAGGAACUCCGCAGAUUCUUAGGUAUGAUCAAUUUUUAUAGACGUUUCAUACCAAAUGCAGCUAGGAUACAAGCACCGUUAAACGCCGUCUUAGCGGGACCUAAAGUGAAAGGAUCUCAUCCCAUUAGUAUGACACCAGAUCUUUUGAAAGCAUUUGAAAAAUGCAAAAAUGCUCUUUCUAAUACUACACUUUUAGUACAUCCUAAUUCAUCGGCCGAGCUCUCAAUUCACACCGACGCUUCAGAUGUGUCCAUCGGUGCUGUGCUGCAACAACGCAAGGGCACUGAAUGGGAACCCUUAGGUUUCUUUUCGAAAAAGCUGAAUUCCGCACAAAAAAAAUAUAGCCCCUAUGACCGGGAGCUUCUAGUAAUUUACGAAGCAAUCAAAUAUUUCUUACACAUGGUAGAGGCUAGAGUCUUCAGUGUGUACACAGAUCAUAAGCCUCUUACCUAUGCUUUCUCUACUGCAAGAGAUAAAUGUCCUCCGCGACGCUAUCGCUACCUAGAUUUUAUUGCACAGUAUACCACAGACAUUCGCUACAUUCCGGGACCAGAUAAUGUAGUAGCUGAUACGCUUUCACGGGUAGAAGAAAUUAAAAUAUCUUUAGAUUACCAGGCUCUUGCACGAUCUCAAGAUAAAGACCCUGAACUGCAACAUCUGCUGCAAAACGGUUCAUCAUUAAACCUACAGAAAAUCGAACCAAUAGGAGCAAACCUUAAAGUAUACUGUGACGUAUCUGUACAGCAGCCAAGACCUUUCAUUACAAAAGCAUUUAGAAGGCAAGUGUUCGAUAUGCUUCAUGGAUUAAGUCACCCAGGAAGUUCAGCUACAGUACGUCUUGUCACUGAUAGGUUUGUCUGGCCUGGCAUUCGUAGAGACUGUAGAGAGUGGGCUAGGCAUUGCCUUGAUUGCCAACGAAGCAAGAUUACCCGUCACACUUCCGCUCCCCUUUCCUCUUUUCCUACGCCUUCAUCAAGAUGCUCUCAUAUACAUCUCGAUAUUAUAGGGCCUCUAACUCUCUCUUAUGAUUUCAGAUAUUGCCUCACUAUCAUCGAUAGAUUUACACGAUGGCCUGAGGCGAUUCCCCUGAAAGACAUCACAGCAGAAUCCUGUGCCUCCGCUCUGGUAUCUGGGUGGAUAUCCAGAUUCGGCUGCCCUGCUCGAAUUACAACGGACAGAGGACGUCAGUUCGAUUCCAGCUUAUUUAAGGCAAUCGCAUCCAUGGUUGGUGCUUGUCAUUUCUGCACAACUGCCUACCACCCUUCUGCUAAUGGAAUGGUGGAGCGCGUACAUCGCCAGCUGAAAGCUGCCAUUAUGUGCCACAACUCUACACAAUGGACUGAGGUACUUCCGCUUGUUCUUCUUGGUAUUCGCAGCUCUUGGAAAGAAGAUAUUCAAGCUUCGUCUGCUGAACUGGUGUAUGGCGAACCUCUUCACCUUCCUGGCGAGUUCAUGAGCCCUAAAGAAAACCACUGCACUGAAGAUUUCACCACCUUCGCCGCCCGUCUACGCUCACAUAUGGCUAAGCUGACGCCAAAACCAGCUAAGUGGCAUAGAAAUGGUCCAUUUUAUAUACCCAAAAAUCUAACAGAUUGCAGUCAUGUAUUCCUGCGUCAGGACCAUGUACGAAAAUCACUAGAGCCUCCAUAUGCGGGCCCGUAUCAAGUUUUAGGCAGGCACCCGAAGUUUUAUAAAGUGCUCGUGCGAAAUAAAGCGGUCAGCGUCAGUAUUGAUCGUCUAAAACCUGCGUAUGUUACAGAUGGACCCACAAAUACUUCGGUUGCUACAUCUUCAUCACCUCCUCUUCCAACAUGCAUCCAUAACGACCAAAAAACGAAGGAAAGGAUUACUAAGAGUGGAAGAAAAGUUCAUUUUCCUGAUUACUAUCGACCGUAG